AUACGGCGACUCCAAGUUGAUUCCAGCGCGGCUCCAGUUUGAGGCAGCGGGUAUUUAUCGUCCCUGUCACCGGAGAGGAUGGCUCUACAGGCGGGGAAUGUGAGCGUGCUGCCCGGGGAGGUGUCUGCGUGCUGCGCGGAGCAGGGGAACCUCACCAUGGAAGUUACUGACUAUAAUAACAGCUGCAAGAAUGUCUCAGUCCUCCCCAGAGCGAGCAGAGGAGUCAAAGAAAUGGACUCUUUCCGCAUCCUGCUCUACUCGCUCAUCUUCCUGGUCAGCGUCUUCGGGAACCUGCUGAUCAUCGUGGUCCUGGUGCUGAACAAGCGCAUGCGGACCGUCACCAACUCCUUCCUGCUGUCGCUGGCGCUCAGCGACCUCAUGAUGGCCGUCUUCUGCAUGCCCUUCACCCUCAUCCCCAACAUCCUGGAGGAUUUCAUCUUCGGAGCGGCCAUGUGCAAGACCGUCACCUACUUUAUGGGGAUCUCAGUUAGCAUCUCCACCUUUAGCCUUAUGGCCAUUGCCAUCGAGAGAUACAGCGCCAUAUGUAACCCGCUGAAGUCUCGUUCGUGGCAGACCCGGUCCCACGCCUACCGCGUCAUCGCUGCCACGUGGGUGGUGUCGCUAAUAAUCAUGGUGCCCUACCCAGUGUUCAGUGCCAUCAAGACUUUCCCGAAAAGCAAUGGUACUGUUGGCCACAUGUGUCGCCUGGUUUGGCCAAGCGGGGCCUCUGAGCAGACGUGGUAUGUGCUGCUGCUGUUCACUCUGUUCUUCAUCCCGGGAGUUGUGAUGAUUGUAGCCUACGGUCUGAUCUCCAGAGAGCUCUUCCGAGGCAUUCACUUUGAGGUGGGCCAGAACAGAGAGAGCACCCCCGCCGCCCAGAAGAACGGUGUAGGAAAGACGGCUGCAGUAUCCAACGAUGACGACGAUGGUUGCUACAUCCAGGUGUCUAAAAAGCCCACCUCCGCUGUGGAGCUCCCCACCAUCUCCGCCGCCCAGGCCAAAUCUGAGCGCGCCCGGAAAAACACCUCGGAGGCCAAGCUGCAGGCCAAGAAACGAGUCAUCCGCAUGCUGAUGGUGAUCGUGGCGCUCUUCUUCAUCUGCUGGAUGCCGCUGUACUCGGCCAACACCUGGAAGGCGUUCGACCUGAAGUCAGCCUCCAAAGCCCUCUCAGGGGCCCCCAUCUCCUUCAUCCAACUGCUGUCCUACUCCUCCGCCUGCGUCAACCCCGUCAUUUACUGCUUCAUGAACAUGCGAUUCCGAAAGGCCCUGUUGUCCACCUUCGCCUGCUGCUGCCGCAACCGGCUAUGUCGCUGGUGGUGCAAGAAGAAGGAGGGAGGAGAAGACGGCAUCAACGCCACCUCCAUGGGCACGUCCAUGGCUACCUCCAUGUCCAAAUGUAGCUACACCAACGUCUGCACCACCGCCCCCUGCUGAGCCUCAAGCAGAGCUUGGUGUUUGCAUCAGUCUGUGUCAGGGGGCAGGGGUUACUGUGUGCACCAUCUGUUUUCUCCAAUCUCCAUCUUAAUAUGAUAUGAGUCAUUCUCUGAGUAAUGUCCUAGCCCUGGUUUAUGAAGCUUUUUCGCAAAGGUCUCCUUCAAGUUCUGCGUGCAUGGUUGCAGAAUGUGAGGCGGAUCGGUUUAGUGACAUUAUUUUGUCUUCUGUUUAAUCAGCAGCAUCCGCUUUGUUGCAUCCCGAAGAGAACAUCAAGUGCCUGUGCUCUUUGUGUGGCUUGGUUUGUCAUGGUAGUUUGUUCACUGGCUGACGGACAUUUUAGCGACGUUGAAAAAUAGGAAUCCUGUGUACUUGUAAAUACUGUCUUUAUGUUCUUACUGCGCCAAAGGUAUAUUAUUGAUGGAGACAUACUGUUGAACAAGGAGGACUCAUUACCUCAGUAAAGAAUCAGUAUGGAUUUCAUUUCCUUUUGUGUUUAAUGUGGUUCGAUCUUUAGUCAUUCAGGGCAUCUCUCGCAGUUGUCAGAAUUAUUCUACGAAAGGCCACUCUGAAAAUCGUUGGGUUCUUAGUAAUCAGUCUAUUAUACCAAAACAUUUCAAAAGGGAACAGUGGCUGCAUUUUAUUCUGGACACACUUCCUGCUUAGCUCUGACUUAGUGUUUCGCUUUUAAAGAGUUAUGUUUCAUCACUUCUUGUGUGUGCAGCAUAUGUUCUGCUCACGCCAACAUUUGCAGCACCGCUUCUCGGUUCAGUUUGAAAAGGAAGGUUCAUCUUGACGAUAAACAUCUAAGGACUGUAGCCUUUUUCUUGGCACAGCACAAAUGAGAAUGUUUUGAAUCUGGCAAUAGUCUUGCGUUGCACCACACUGACUGCAGCAUGGAAAGUCAAACUAAAGUCUCCUGUUGCGACUGCUACACAUGUCUGUUGAAUACUGAUGAUGACAUUACCUUCAGGAUUUGAGUUGUUAGAGGAAAGUGCACAUAGUCAAUCUAUGAAAGGUUGAUUGCACUUGCCAGUUGCUCCAGUCUGCCCCUGCUACACAUGGUACGGAGAAGUGCUUAAGUCAGACUCACCUUUUCUGCUCAAUUAUCUCUGCGGUGUCUUUUAUGUACAAGCGCUGCGUUCUGCUGCAGUGCUGCCAAUUACUCUGAACCUUACCUAAGUACAAAGAGCCCGUUUCCAGGCGUAGGCUAACGAGGUGUUUCUCAGGGACCCUCUCCUCUCCUGCAAAACUCAUGGCUAUGUCUUCAGAAAACUAAUAACUGACAACUAGCCCCUCUGACGCUGCAAAACAACAUAAAUAGCAUCUUUCAUUCGAGACAAGGAACUCAACCUGAGCUACUGUACAGUUGAAAAGAGUUGUUUGUCAAAAACAAGUCCUGUAUAAUAAUAGAAAUACAGCGAGUACAAUAAAAGUGAAACCAGUUAAGGAAAAUGAUAGUUUAAGACAGUCUUUUUACGAGACAAACCAUUUGGGAUAUCAGCUCAUUCACUUACUUGAGAGUGUGCUAAAUAUGAAGUAACAGCAAGCAGCUGGUUAGCUUAGCAUAAAGAUCUUGUUAACAUGGAAAGUAGGAUUCGCUAAUUAAGCUUACCGCUGUCUACAAUAUUAAGAUAGACUUGUUUUGUAUCAUGAUUUCUAGGUCCAUAAGCAAGCAGUAGAUAUUAUUUUAAAAACAGGACAUGAUGUUCUCGAUGAAACUACAAAUUACUCAUUACCUCAUUUGAAUUCAGUCAAUUCGGCCAAAAUAUGGCCAUGAUACUGUUGCAGUGAACACUUUCACAUUGUAUAAAUAUAUAAAGAGACUCUGAAUGUUACCGCUACAACUCAAAAAUAUCUGUAUUUGAGUUAAACAAUAUGAUGUAAUAACUUUCUGUCCUACAUACUGUAUGAAGGCUGUUGUUUCAUCACUUUUAAGUCUGCUCCUCUUCUUCAUGUCCUCCAUCAUUCACGUCCCUGCAGCCCCCCACCCACACACCCACCUCCCUCCUGUUUAUCCCCGUCAAUGCAGAGGCGUAUGAAUACAUCAAUGGGAAUGGCGUGUGGGUGACAGCUUAGAUUAGCAGGCGCCCGGGCGCUGUCCAAGAGCAGUUUACAGGCGGUGUCGGAGGGGGCAGGAGGGCAAUUGGCACUCAAAAAUCCUACAUGAAGGCUGGCUGUAAACACCUCAUCUGGCGGCCUGCACUCCAUGUGCGCUUUUGAAAUUAAGGAAGGAGGCAAUUUCCAUAUCUUUGUGAGCCAGCCUCGUGAAUUUAGUCAGGAUUCUCUUUCACUAGUGCACUUUUAUCUGUCAUCAAAUAUUAAUUGUUUCACAGGUCUUUUUUUGUGUUAGAAAUUGGAGUAACACAUGGUUAAGGGUCUUACAGCGGAGUACAAAUAAUAACAAUAAGCUUCUUAUCCAGAGCUUUUUUGUAAUUUCUUGGCCUGUAGAUUCAUACCUUCACAAAGUACAUCUCGGUGCAUUAUGGAUGAGCAGUGCUUACACUUUCAGGUAACCUUGCUCACCUAAAGUGUAGGCAAAAGCUCCCUGAGAGGCAGAGAUUUGCUCUCUAAAAUGAACUGUUUUUAUUGAAUAUUAUAUCUGUUUUUAUAUUCACCUCGGCAGGCCAGCAGGCUAUGAAUUAUUAAAAAGCAGCAAAUCUCCACGAUGCUCGCCUCGGUCCAAAGUUUAAGAAAGUACGCCUUGCAUUCCUUAGCUUAAUAACUUACACGUGAUAUCUUGUUUGUAAAGUUGGAGUAAGGGAAAGUUUAUCAGACCUUAAAAAUGUUUAAAUGAACCACCCUGCCAACACAAAACGGUAUUAAAAAAACACAAUUCCGUACCGUGUUUUUAGAAAUGAUUAAAUAACAUUUUACUUGGGAUUUUAAACCGUCGGGCUAGCUGUAACCCGCUGCUUCUACUUACUAAGCUAACGGUUGCUUAUAGGGCAGCUUAAUAUAUCAGAUUAUUGAUAUACUAUACUGUAGCAAAAUAUGGACAAGUGCAAUAUCCAAAUCGCAAUGAAGUAUUCCAGAUCCUUACAUUUUUUAAAUAUUUUUGUUCAAUGAUGUUUCAGAUCAUAUCACAAUAGCAAUCAGAGAAUUUAAGGUUUAUUGGUUUUCUUUUGAACAAAUCAUGAACCCUAAAAUAUACGAUCCAAUAUUUCUAAUUAUUCCUUUAUAUGGAGCACCUCCACCACUGCAGUCCUCUGGGCAGUACUGUAACUUUAAAAAGCCGGCUACAAAAGUAAUUGAUUAUUUACUAAGUUAGUUUACAGACAAAUCCACUUUAGGGGUGAGGAAUCAAAUUCCUACCCUGUCCCCAGAACAGUGCCUGAUGCAAAUUGAAAGUGAAAUGAGACGGAGGCACGGGAGCACAGCCGCUUCCUCUCUUAUCUCCACCUCCCUCAACAAGAAUCCCAUUAGGCGCUCCAGGCGGCACAAGGAAAAAAGAGAGCAAAACACUUUACGCCAAACCAAACAUGUGGAACAAUUUGUGACCGUCUCGAGGGGACACUAAAGAAGGGACAGCACAAAAUAUCAACUGUAGCGUCAUAUUUCAUAAAUGUCACUUAUCUGUAUAUAGGAUCCUCCUCAUGUCUGUGGUGGGGCCGGUUCUUUAAGAUGCUCAUUAUCAGUUUGCUCUUACUAUGGAGGGUUUUUAUGUAUUAACUGAAGAAUAACACAGUCGUUUUAAGCUUGCAAAACUUAAAAAUGCCACAAACAAAGCUGCUUUUCUUCAUUCCUGAAGAGUGUUUGUUGGGAGGUGUUCCCGCUGGUAGACAAAUCUCUCAUAAGUAAAUUAGAAGAAAUUGUUUCUCAAUUAUUUAUAAUGGCUUCCCGGGGAACGGCUGCCCGUAAAAUGUGCCUCUGCUGGAUUUAUAUUUUUGUUCUUCUUGUAUAAUAAUUCAUAAUUGCAGCGAGUGAUUUUUGUAGUUUUACCUCAGGCACAGAAUGAAACAUUUUGUUUUUGGUCUACAGGUUUUGAACCUGAGAAACAUAGCUAAUUGUUUCCAUGUUUUACUCAGCCUUACAGAGUACCUCCUUGUUGAAACAAAGGGAAAUUGUGUCUUUGUGAGCUUUCUUUUGUCGAUUUUAUUUACGGGAAGAUUUUAGUUGUUUCUAACACCUUUUGAGGAAAAGUGUUAACAUGUAAGUCUCAGCCUUUUGAGAGAAGGAACGGUAAACAAACUGAGCAAGAGCUGAUGAAAUGGUAUUUAUGGUGUUGGACAUCCUUCCCUGACGGUGAAAGAUGUCUGUGUGUGUGCGUCUACAUGCGCUAAAUGUUUACUAAAGCAGUCUCUGCUGAAUUCUUUUUACAUUUGACCACAUCUGGUGCCUGCUCGUGCUACAUUGUAAUACUAUAAUAUGUGUAAAUGUCUGUUAGUUGAAACAGGAAAUACUGUCAUGUCUGUGCAAGGUUCUAAAUGUGAGGUUAUUGAUGUUUGUGAUGUUUAGCUUUCACUGUAUAUCCAGUCUGAUAUAGUUAUUAUGGUUACCGGCUACAUGUGCAGUAUUUUCAUGACAAAUGUCCAUUAUUUAACCAAAAUA